UUUCGUUUCAUAAUUAAGAAACUUUUCUCAUACUACAUCUUGUCUUCGAUUGCGGCUGGUGCCUUUGACAUCUGCAAGAUGAUGAAAAUUCUGAUUUUAGUUGCUUUUCUGGCAGUAUAUUCAAAUGCUGAGCUGUGCCGUGAUAAUUCUAAAAACUGUGAUUUUUGGAAGAAAACUUUAAACUUUUGCUCACGCAGCGAUGCGUAUGAUUUUUGCAAGAAAACAUGCGGCGGCUGCACCGGAGUGCUAACAACAAAAACACCGAAAAAAACUACAACGACAAUAUCAACAAAAAAAGCAGCAACGGAUUUACCUCCCCUACCCGGCUCCUGUGGAAUAUCAACUGUGCAACAAAGUAGAAUCAUACAUGGCGUUGAUGCCAAACCUGGUGCAUGGCCUUGGAUUAUAUCUCUACAGAAAUUUCUUCAACAUCAAUGUGGAGGCACGCUUCUUACGCCUAAAUGGAUCCUAACCGCCAGCCACUGCGUUCACAAUUACACUACUAGAAAUAAAGGUUUUUGGAGUGUAAAGGUUGGAGCACAUAAUAUUGCCAAGAACGAAGCAACUGCAAAGAGAAAGUCGAUAAAACGAGUUAUAAUGCAUCCGGACUACCACAAAAGAUCAUUAAAAGCAGAUAUUGCUUUGAUUGAGCUGAACGUUCCAACACAAUUUAAUUCGAGAGUAUCAGUUGCUUGUCUACCACCAAGAGAUGUUGAUCCACCAAUUGGCAAAGAAUGUUAUCUUUCAGGCUGGGGUAGCAUCAAACAUCCAGGUGGCUGGCAUCACACGCUUCAACAAACACGACUUCCUAUAGUACCCUCAAUGGAAUGCAAGAAACCAGACGUUGUUUGUGUCGGUAAUGGAUUUAAAAAUCAACCAGACGGACGGCAGCAACCAAACGCAUGCCGUGGUGAUUCUGGAGGUCCAUUAGUGUGUCAGCAAUCCGAUGGAAGGUGGCAAUUGGAAGGUGUUGCGAGUUAUGUGUAUACAUAUUGUAAAUAUUAUACGGCUUACACACCCGUUAAUAAGUUUAUGAAUUGGAUUAAUUCAUAUAUAAGAAAUUAACUUAUUAACUGAAGGUUAUAAUACAUGAAAAUGUUUGCUAA